CUGAUCAAGUUUUUAAAUGUUUCCCCCUGACGUCACGCCGACCAACCACAGGCCAGCAUUUUUCGAAAAGACUAGUGGGUAAUUCAAACCACGCGAGAUUUGUGGUGCGGCGGGAUUUGAGUUGAAAAUGGCGGAGGCGCGAACAAAUUCUGUCCGGGAAGCGAUGGACACGCUACAGGAGAUCUCCAGACUACUGAACACAGGGCUGGACUCUGAGACACUCUCCAUCUGUGUACGUCUGAUCGAGCAGGGGGUGAACCCAGAAGCACUCGCAUCUGUUAUCAAGGAACUGAGAAGAGAAACAGCUGCCCUUAAGGCAGCAGAGAGAAUAGGGUCCCCCUCGCCUGACUAGAGGAAGACUACAUACAAGACUGUGCCGUGACUGGGGAGGUUUUCUACAUACAAAACUCUCAAGUCUGCUGGAUAAGAAGUCUGCAUGUCCUUUGAUCUGUCGGAAACACAAAAGGACUACUUUGAAUUUGAAUGCUGUGAUGAAAGUGAGACUGAUGGAAAUAACAGAUCCCUGAAAGAACUUAACAGAAUUGAUAGUCCUCCUGGCCUGCAGUCACAAGAAUGUUGCUUUGGUUACAUUUCUACAUCAGAGAAGCAGGAUCAUUCUAUUUGUAUUACAUAAUUUACAAGUAGUUCCUAAGUCUUACUUUUGUUCUAUUGUGAAGUUGCACAAUUGAAAGAGAAAAGAAGAAGAAGAAAAGAUCAAUAUUCCUGUAUAGAUUAUUGUCAGACAAAGGAUAUUGUGAUGAUGCAAACAUGAUGCCAGUUGAUAAGGGAUAAUUCCCAUACCUUCUGUCUUAGAGCUGAUCAAAUCUUUGCCAUGCGGCAGUCAUGGCAUAUUGAUAUGAUAUAAACGGUGAGCACAAAACAAUGUUGUAAGAAGUCUUGACAAUAGUAACAUCAUACCAGUAAGACAAGGAAGAAUUUGUUACUAUGUAGCAACAGAAAAAAUGGAGAUUUGUACAGUUUUACUGGCACUUUUGAAAAUGUGCAUGAAUUAAUUACAAGUGGUACUUUUAGUUUUAUACAUGUAUGUGUAGAUGAAACUUUGCUACUACUGGUUGUAAAGUGACAUGCCCCUGCAACCACUGUCGGCAAACCACAGUGCAGCAUUAAAGAUAUUGUUUGCCCAUAA